CAAAACUAUCAGUGUUUCGUACGUCCUUCAGAACAUUUGGUAUGCCAUAGCUGCGUCCGACAUUUUUGUUCGAGUUAUUUAUCGACAAAUAUGAAAUUUUGUAUGUCCAUGAAGUUGACAUGCAAAAAGUAGGCCUCCUUUCCUAUAUGCAGGCUUCAGUUUUAGUAAAAGAGUGCAAAAUGGCGCAAGUUCACAAAGAGUGCACUAUAAACCAGUCGCUUCUUUGUUCUAUUUGAUUUGACGAUAAGACAGCAAUCAUGUUUGUAGCCAAGUUACUAACCCCCAAAGUUAUGAGUUUGGGGGUUAUAAUUAGAGAUGCAAGCGAAGAAGUAUUAAGCUUCCAACGACUGAAAAAUCGGUUGACUCACAGCUCAACCCUUUUCAUCCACAGAGUCAAAGAGUCAAAAAUAUAUGUUGGAACAAGGACAUUGGCGCAAGUCCCAGAAUGUGUAAUUGUGUAUACAGGUCCUUUAUUGUGGGCACUUCUUGCGGUCAUGUCUGAGGUCUGUCUAGCAAGUGAUAUGGCGGGAAAGGUCUUUCACCCAUGCCUCGGGCAAACCUUCUCAAACACGUGAAUACACGAGGGGGGUUCUGGGUUUCAUUCCUGGAACCUGUCACACUUUAACCAGAAGAAGUUCACACCAGAACAGUGGGUGGGGGCAUAUAGACUCACCUUUCGCGCGUUCUGUGGUCCAACGAUAACAACAAACCACGGGAAGGCAUGGCUUGCAUGACGGCUGUGUGCGAGAGAGGGGAGAAGACGUGUUCUGGGGCCCAUGGCACUGCCAUCUCGAGGUGGCAGCUCGCAUGUGUUUGCCUCAGCGUGGUCGCCAUUACCCUCUCUCUUUUCACGCUGUUUUGGAUGCACAAAAUCGUGCAGGAUUUGGGACAAAAUUGCGGCUGUGAGGUGCGGGAGCGUGCGGACGAGGGACACUCUGCGUCGGUCGCUUCAAUCUCCGGAUCGUCGGGCCUACAAGACGUCGGGACCCGCGACAUCGAGCCGGACACAGACUUGGUCAGACGUGACGCGGACGACGAGGAGGAUGAAGCGCAAAGUCGAAUCAAAAGAGCUAAAGGAAACAGAGACAAGAGGAAAUUUUGCAAGAAAGUGACUAAUUGUAUGAAAAACGACACGGACACUUACGGCUUCUUCGAUGCACUUACAGUGAUCGGAGAACUCCGACAGAACGUCACACAGGAGGUCCAAAAGCUGCUCACGAGGAGCUACAUCCACCGUGUCCGCCCUGACGAUGUUGAAAUGCUUGGCACCUUCAAAGACGUACAGGGAGGCGAAACGGUGUUGAGUGUGAAAGUUGCCCCUGGAGACAUCGCUGAGCGCUCUGGGGACGAGGGAACGACCACCAUUCAAGGCGGCGGUCUCUAUCUCGUAUAUGGCCAGCUUACCUACAACAGACAGAUGAAAGGAAAACGGCUUAGCUAUAACGGACCUAUGAUUGUGAUCUAUGACAAGAACGGAAACUCAGACAGGUUUCUGAGUUGCCUGCAGCCGUAUCCCGUGAACACCACUGGCAUCCCCACAUCGUGCUUCACUGCGGGUGUGGUACCUCUACAACAGGGCAUGAGGAUCAACUUGACAGCAUCCGUCAUGGGGGAAAUCUACAUCGACGACGAUAAGACCUUCCUUGGGGCUGUUAAGUUGGCGGAGCUACCUGCUGUACCAAGCGAUGGAGGAUAGAGGACAUUCAGCUGUUUGCAUGUAGAUUGUACAAAUCUGAGAUGUGUCCACAACACGGAGGUUCAUGGAUCCAAAUGCACAUGCACAGAUUAAGGGUGAAGGCCCCUGAGACAUAAACAAAUCAGGACCACUCAUUUGGAUGCAAACAAACCGACAGAGGCUAUAUACAUAUGGCCAUGUAUAAAGCACGGUUGAGACAAUAACUGUUAACAAGCCAGAGAACUUCAUCUUUGACAUGAAUUACAUUUGGGCCAGGCAACACACAUUGUUACAUACCAUGGUUAGCCUGCACCACACUAGAUUGUAGCAUGUGACAACAUCGGUCACCUUACAAUCUGUUAAAGGAGGACUGCGUUGUUGAUAGUCCAUCCAGGAUUAGUAUUUCAACAAUGGACAGUUACAAUCAUUGUGAAGUGAUUGCAGUGGAUUUCAGUCUUGGGGAACACAAUGGCUGUAGACUUGUAAUCUGGUAUUCUUGCUACAUUAGCCCUUAUCUGGGUACUGGGUAUUAAGUUACAGUGUACAAUAUUCAAUGUAUCGUUACAAUGGACAUCCAUAUGUGUGUAUGCAAUUACAAUCAUCAAAACCUCCACAUACAUUUCAAGUGCACCCUGGAUAAUAGUAUUUCUUGAUAACGGCUAUAGUAUAAGGCUGAUUACCAAUCACACUUUUGUAGAUAUUCAAAGUUUUUCACAGCAGUGCCCAAGAAGAAAGGUUCUACACAGUGCAGAGUCGGUAUUUACUGCAAGAAGACACUGGCACCUUUUAAAUCUAUGUACACAUGUACUAACAUACUGUAUACAGCUAUACAUGUUUCCUUCAAAGAAAAAAAAUUAUGAAGCCAGAAGUUACAGAUCCUUAUUGUAAAAAGCACUGUACGUUUCACCGCUGUAAGACAAGUACAAAUGUAUAUGUCAUGUAAGGGGUUCCAAUAUCUAUAGAAACAGCAGAACUGACUCAGCUUUCUACACAGAAGACAUAUACUUGCAAUGUUUUAGUGUUGCUGAUGGUAAAAUUUAUUCAGGAUUACAUCAUCGUAGUGGCAGGUAGGUGGAAACCAUUCUUCUCUGGUUUCCUAGUCUAGUCAUUACUAAACCUGAAAAUGUCACAUACACAGUAGUACACAUUUUCAUAUAUUCAUGGCAGUGAAGCAUAUUAAAAUUGAGUAGCAUAAAGUGCCAUGGCAUGUACUAUACUACUUCACUCUAGGUUUACAGUACUACUGAAAAAGAAAAAAAAAAA